AUGUGCAACCUCCCAAGUUUUAAUACUCAAUACUGGUACUUGUUUACCAGAGAUUGUCCCGUUCGUACAAUACUUAGUAGUGAAACUUUGAAAUAAAAUUGUCUCUUUUAUUAAACAAAUUUAAUAUACAGGCGCUACAAUGACGGAUAUAAGAGACAUUUUGGAGAUUGAAUCUGCUAAGUCGGAUAUAACAAAGGAGUCGAUCAUCGGAGCGGACAAGAAGGCGAGAAGGGCGCUUUCAACAGCGCAGAAGGCAAAUAAGCGUCCCGAAGGGAUGGCGAGAGAGGUAUUCGCCCUGCUUUACAACGAUAAGAAAGAUGCACCACCCCUUUUCCCGACGGACACCGGCCAAGGCUACAAGAACACAAAGGCCAAGCUUGGCAUGAAGAGCGUCAGGCCGUGGCGCUGGACCCCUUUUACCAACCCGGCCCGUAAGGACAACGCCGUGUUCCACCAUUGGCGUAGAGUCUGCGACGAAGGAAAAGAAUACCCCUUCGCUAAAUUCAACAAGGAAGUUCAAAUCCCGACGUACACAGACGCAGAGUACAGUGCGCAUCUUGCCAACGACAGCUGGACGCGCGAUGAGACCGACCACCUUUUCGAUCUCUGUAAGCGGUUCGAUUUGCGAUUUGUUGUAAUGUGCGACAGAUGGGAUAAGACGAAAUUCAAGCCGAGGUCGAUUGAGGACCUCAAGGAACGAUAUUAUCAUUGUCUUUCAGCAUUAGCACAGGUGAAGACUGGGCCAGGUUUGACGCCGGAAGCAAAAUCUUAUGUCUUUGAUGCAGAGCACGAAAGAAAAAGGAAAGAACAGCUAUUAAGGCUUUACAACCGAUCUAAAGAUCAAGUUGAAGAGGAACAAAUGCUUCAAAAUGAGUUGCGCAAGAUCGAAGCCAGGAAGAAAGAAAGAGACCGAAAGACGCAGGACCUUCAGAAACUCAUCACUGCAGCAGACAGUCAGAACGAACCGCGUAAAGCAGAGCGUAAAUUUCACAAAAAGAAGUUGCAGCUCAGGUUCGACACAUUAUCCGGAGAACUGGCCAAUAUUAAGUUCCCGGACAUCAAGGGCAGCGGUGUUACGGUGAGAUCGCAACGGAUGAAGCUGCCUGCUAAUAUAGGACAGAAAAAGAUGAAGGCCAUCGAACGCCUUCUCGCCGAGUUAAACAUAGAAAUGAACCCAAUACCGACUGAAGAAAUCUGCCAAAACUUCAACGAACUUCGAAGCGAUUUGUUACUCUUGAAUGAACUGAAGAGCGCCAUGGCGACGUGCCAAUUUGAACUUCAGACCCUCCGGCAUCAGUACGAAGCCAUAAACCCGGGGAAAACCUUGAUCAUUCCAAAAAGCCUGUGUGCGGAGAACGAAACGGUCGAAGCGAGCGAAAACACGAAAAUUAAGACGGAAAUAAUCGAUGUCGUAGGUUCACCACAGACUGUUAACACUUAACUUUUUUUUCUUUUUUUUUAAUUUUAAUGGCCAUAAAAUAUUGCAUUUCA